UUCUUCCUUCCUUCAUAUAUUUCCCUUUUCUUCAUAAUAAUUCCCCAUCUCUUUAAGCGCCCACCGUUUUUCAAACCCUAAACUCUCCUUCAUCACAUCCCCUUCAACCAUCAAUCUUUUCUCACAGGUUUUUUGCGUAAUUCACUGAUGGAUCGAGCUGACACAUCUGGAUUUGUUAGUGGGGGAUUUUAAGCUGUUUGAAUUAUAUAGUUUUUGCAACAAAACUUGUGUUAGUGAGUUGUUGUUGAAUUGCUAUGGCGGUUUCGGGUUCGAAAGCGUGCAAAUGUGCUCAAAGGGUUGGAAGCGGUGGAAGCGGUUUGUUUUCGAGCUUUAACGUGAAUGAAAACACGCGAAAAUGGAGUUUAACGGAUGCUAGUUUGGAUUUGCACGACGGGUCCUCGUUAUCUCUCGGGUUGGGUUGUUCGUUGAGCUCGGGUGUCACCGUGUUUUCGGGCAAAGAAAUGGAAGAGCAUUCUUCCGGAAAUCUUGAUCUCACAUUGAACGAUGGAAACCGGCCCGAAGUAGACCUUGAGUUGAGUCUUGCUGCUGGUUCUGUUGAAUCCGAUGUCACUCGAACAUCAUUUCCGAUUAAGUAUGAUUUGAAACUUGCGGAUGACGGCUCAACGACGUCUCAAUGUACAUUACCGCUUUUGCCCUCAUUGCAGACCACCGAGCCGCCUAUAACCCGCUUUGGUUAUGUCUAUAAUGGUCCGAAUUUGGUUACUCCUCGAGGUUCCGCUUCGUUGGAUUCUGGGUCGGUCCCACCACGACCGCCGCGUAACAGUAACGUGAAAAAGUGUCGGUUUAUCGGGUGCACCAGGGGAGCUAGAGGUGCUUCCGGGUUUUGUAUUUCGCACGGUGGUGGGCGACGGUGUCAGAGAGAGGGGUGUCAAAAGGGAGCGGAAGGGAAAACCGUGUUUUGUAAAGCACACGGUGGUGGUCGGCGGUGUGAGUUUCUCGGCUGCACGAAAAGCGCUGAAGGUCGUACGGAUUAUUGCAUCGGUCACGGCGGUGGUAAGCGAUGCAGCCAUGAAGGAUGCACCCAUGCCGCCAGGGGCAAGUCGGGGUUAUGCAUACGACACGGUGGUGGGAAGCGGUGCAAGAUUGAAGGUUGUACCAAGAGUGCCGAGGGUAUAUCCGGUGUAUGUAUCUCCCAUGGUGGUGGCAGGCGGUGCCACUAUCCCGCGUGUACAAAAGGCGCUCAAGGGAGCACGAUGUUUUGUAAAGCGCACGGUGGCGGUAAACGUUGCACGUUUUUAGGGUGUACGAAAGGGGCGGAAGGUAGCACGAGUUUUUGUAAAGGUCAUGGUGGGGGUAAACGGUGCACGUACGAAGGCGGAUGUUCGAAAAGCGUCCAUGGUGGCACGAACUUUUGUGUUAGUCACGGUGGUGGAAAGCGGUGCGCGAUGCCAGAAUGUACGAAAAGCGCAAGAGGCCGAACCAGUUUUUGUGUUCGUCAUGGCGGCGGCAAAAGAUGUAAGCGUGAAGGGUGUUCGAAAAGCGCCCAAGGCCGAACAGAUUUCUGUAAAGCACACGGUGGCAGAAAACCACCGUCUGUUGGUCAAACUUUGACUCCUUGUAACAACCUUGUUAUAGCGAGAACCGGUCUUUUUGCUUCCCAAAGUCAGCUGGUUCGAGACUACCAGACUCCAGUAUUCGCUCCAAACAACCCUGGAUUAGUGUCGAUCGGUUUAGUGUGUUACCAAGGGAGACCAGUUGAGAUGGCGGGACGUGGCGGCUACUCGCUACCAGAAGGCAGAGUUCAUGGCGGCAGUUUGAUGGCGAUGCUUACAGGGUGCACCGGUGGCCCGUCCGAACCUUGAGUGGUUUGGGCCAUUGGAGGUGUUCAUUGUGUUUGUAGUUGUCAGUGGUUUAGUGUAGUUAGUUUAAAUCUAAACAUUAUAUAUAAUAUUAAAAGAAAUAGAAACUAGUAUACAAGAGAAAUGUAGUUACUCUAGACAGCUCAGUUGCAAAUGUUAGUAUUAGUAAUAAGUGUUUAUUUGGGAAAUUAACUUAUAAAACAAUGAAAAGAAUGCACACCCAUGUUAGACUGACCAAAAUCCUACCCGGUUAGCUAA